AUGCUGACUUCAUCUUACGCCAGUGAGGAGGACCAUUUUCGCCAACGACUUGACUCCAUCAACAAGGAGAUGCAAGACAUUAUUGCACGCACGGCGAUGGAACGGGAUAGGCUUUACCGCAAUAGCGCCAUCGCGUCGCUACCGUGGAGCAUUACGGAUGCCACUCCAACGGAAGCGACAGAUCCCGGGUCUCUGUUCAAUGCACCUCUUACCAAUUCGCCAUCACCUCUCUGUGCCCCCUCAUCUGGGGUGCUGGAUGAGGCGGCUGUGCGGCGUAUAGUUGCUGAUGAGAUGAAGUCGUGGAAAGUGGUUUUUCAAACGAUGCUCACAGGUGUCACAAAGGGCGUGAACGACACGAUAAACCAACGCUUAGAGGAUGUGAACAAGUCUCAUCUAGAACUGUCAGAGUCACUAAAAGAAGCCACGGAAGUCUCCGCACGAGGGUUGGGAGAGAUGCAGAGCGCAUUCAAACGACUUCAGCGAGGUGCGAAGCUUCCUGUAGAGGAUCUUUCUAGGGAAAUGGAAGAACAUUUUAAAAACAUUACGGCUGAACAGAAUCAUCUUCGGGAUGCCGUUUCUACACUGCAAAAUGAGGCACGAAUCGAACAGCAACGUCAGGACCGUCGUGUCGAUGAACUCGUUCGUCGCCACCACGAUUUAGUGCGAACUUCUUUGUUAGAACUAGACUCCCACGUUACCGGACUUAGGGAUGAAUUAGAGCAAAUGGUGCGAUCACAGACUCGAAAAGCCACAGAGGAGUGUGAUGAGAUGCAUCAGCAUGUUGCACGCCUUCAUGGAGCGCUGGAGGCGACGAACGACACCACCACAAGGUGGGUUGCAGAACUGAGGCAGCUGAUGGAGGAAAACAUGUCAUUUAGGAGCGAGGUGCGUUCGUGUCGCAGUGAUUUUAAUCGGCUGGAGAUGCUCCUGCACGGUGUGUCGGCGACUAGCCCAGAUGCCGGUGCCAUUUCAGGAGUAACGGGCACCCCGCCUCGCGGUGAAUCAGGCAGGGCCACUUGCGGUCUUGAGGUUUAUCAUGGGGACGUCUUGAAGCUAAAGGAACAGGUAAAUCUUCUUCAGGGACGAAUGGAUAAAAUGGAUCGGCAGAUGGCGUCCAUGAAUGAGGCUUUGCAUCGUCUUUUUGCUGGUGCUGGUGGUGAGAGCGGGGGAGUUUCGUAUGUUCCGAAUGCCUCCCAGCCGGGGACGACGGGCGUCGGAAAGAAUCAUCAAGAACCGUUGGAUUUGAGGCGGGGCGCGAUGAGCACAAGUCUCCAGCCAACGCAUGACGCGUCAUCACUGAGCUUGCAGGAGUUUCAGCAGCGGCAACAACAGUUGUUGCUGCACAAAGAAAAACCAUACCUUCAACAGCAACAACAAAUGGCGAGGACACAUGGUCAACGUGGCAUGAGUUCAACGGCGGGAACGGGCGGGGAUUUGCCGAGAGGAGGGGGACGGUCACCGCCACGUUUGGUGCCCUCUCCAUCAACGUCUGCUGAGUUGCUUGAGGCUCAGCACGCAAACUAUGGCCCAGGGCUACACCACCACCACCACCAUCAGCAUCAGCAUGAUCAACAACGCCCACAGAGCUCCCAGCAAGUUGCGCGUUAUUCUCAUGUUUUAUCGUCCCCGGGGGUAAUGGGGCAUACGAUGGAGCAUAGUGAUUCUCCUCCAGUGGGUCCCUCAGAGCGCUCUGCGGGCGUACAGCAGCCGCCACCUCAAGCCUCUCCUGACGAUUUCAACACUACGUUAAUGUGUAGGGAUAUGCUAAAAUCCACCCCUGUAGCCCGUGAAUCAGAGACGUCUUUCAAAUGUGCUAGUCCAUCGGAUUCAUACGUAUCGGAUGACGAUGAGAAAGCCAAGAAGGAAGUUAGCUCCAUGCAGUACCUGCCUGCGCCUUCCAGUGAUGUCGAGAGUGAAAUUGCCAACAAAAAAAUGGCUCGUCUGGCGUUAGACUGA